UUUGCCUGUGGUAUACUGACAGACUGUUUCCUAUGGAUAACUAUGCCAUUUUGUAGUUGUUUAUCGAUGAUUCUUAUUGGUUGCAGAUUUAGAAGGGUUUCUUUAUCUUACAUUCUGGCCAGUGAAACAGCACAGGGAGUGUUGUGGAUUGCCUCUGCCUUUGUCUAUUGUAAACAGUCCUGCCAGUGAACAUGAGUGUGCAAAUAUCUCUUUGAGAUCUUGCUUUCAAUUUUUUUUUAGUACACACCUGGAAAUCCCAUUUCUAGGAACUCAAAACACCCUGCACUGAACUGAGAACCCAAGACACUGGCUCUGUGCCCAGCUCUACUUCCUAUCAGUUUCCUCCAUGCAACAAGCCCUCCCUGGUAUUUUCACAAGGUCUGAACAAAGGGAUAGGAGGUAGAGAGACUCAUCUGUAAGUAGAUUUGACUUCUAGUCAGAUUUUCUCCUGACUGGUUUUUGGAAAUAGAAUCUGGAAACUGAUGACAACUGCACGAGAAGAUGAAAUCAUUUCCUUCCUCAUUUCUAAGUUAAUCUCCUAAAUCUCACUGGACCUUGGCCCACUUCUGGGAUGACUUUGGAAGCAGAAAUGUCUCAGAAUGUAUAUCCUGGCAGUCUAUGGCUGCUUCAACCCCUGGCACUUUUGCUGCAGCUGGUGCCUGCAGACGUGCAAGCUGUCCUCCCGAAGGCUGUGGUGAAACUUGAGCCCCCGUGGAUCAACGUGCUCCAGGAGGAUGCUGUGACUCUGACGUGCUGGGGGCCCCAAGCCCCAGGGGACUACCCCACACAGUGGUUCUACAAUGGGAGCUCCCUUCCCACCCAGGCCCAGCCCAGCUACAGGUUUAAGGCCAUGAAAAAUGACAGCGGGGAGUACAGGUGCCAGACGGGCCAGACCAGCCUCAGUGAACCUGUGCAUCUGGAUGUGUUUUCUGAUUGGCUGCUGCUCCAGACCCCUCACCUGGAGUUCCAGGAGGGGGAAAGCAUCACGCUGAGGUGCCACAGCUGGAGGAACAAGCCUCUGACCCAAAUCUCAUUCUUUCAGAAUGGACUAGGCAAGAAGUUUUCCCAUGCCAAUUGCAACUUCUCCAUCCCACAAGCAAACCACAGUCACAGUGGUGACUACUACUGCUCAGGAAUAAUAGGACGGACACUCUAUUCAUCCCAGGCUGUGGCCAUCACUGUCCAAAGGCCCAAAGAGAGCAGCUCUCCGCCGAUGGUGAUGAUUGUGGCUGUGGUUGCUGGAAUUGCUGUAGUGGCCAUUAUUGCUGCCAUAGCAGCCUUCACCUACCGUAAGAGAAAGCAGACUUCAGCCAAUCGUGCUAAUCUGAAAACGGCUGCCGAUGUUAAGCAGCCACCUCCAUGUCAAAUAAGUGACGUCAGGAUUAGACAAUUUGAGGGAAGCAGCAAUGACUAUGAAAUUGCUGACGCUGGCUACAUGACUCUGAAACACGGAGCACCCACUGAUGAUAAUAACAUCUACCUGACUCUUCCUUAACAACAUCGACAAGGAUAACCAUGAUAGCCAAGAUUAAUGUUAUGUCAUUUGCCCACCCAAGGGAUCUUCACUGGUUGCUUUUGCUUUCUCUCAGCUGAGAAUACAAUCACCCAUUCACUUCUCAUACACGAGGAGCAUCCAGAGAAAGAAACAGCACAAGUACAAGAACCUCAUUUAGUCUCCAUUGUCUUGCCCUGGGAUUUGGGAAGAGAAUCAGAGAGGUAAGGACAAGAGGAAGCUGCAGUUCCAAAGAGGACUCUUCCAUAGCAAUCUACUUAAGUUCUGCCUGAAGCUUCCUGUCCUGGAAGCCACAGAAAACAGAGUCCCAGCUGACUUAACUGGACCUUCUGUGCCUCAGCACUUCUUGACAUCGAGACUUCUAUUAUACAUCCACACACCUAAUAAAAUGAGUAAAAUUACUGCUAUUAAGAGAUUGUAACAACAUGGAAAAUGCUUAUUACAGGUUACAUGAGAACAAUUAUGUUUUAUUUAAAGUUUUUUCUUUAGAUUUCAGUGCAGAUAAAGGGAACAAUUAUGUAAAUAUAUAUGAUUUCAGAAAUGUUAGACUAACCUAUAUCACCAAAUUAAAAAUGGUUACUUCAGUGUGAUGGAA